AUGCCCAUCUGUUGCCCAUCCAGCAGCUGCAAGCCCAGCUGCGCCCAGUCCAGCUGCUGUGUCCCCAUCUGCUGCCAGUCCAGCGGCUGCAAGCCCAGCUGCGCCCAGUCCAGCUGCGGUGCCCCCGUCUGCUGCCAGUGCCAGUCCAGCGGCUGCAAGCCCAGUUGUGCCCAGUGCAGCUGCGGUGCCCCCGUCUGCUGCCAGUGCAAGAUGCCCAUCUGUUGCCCGUCCAGCAGCUGCAAGCCCAGCUGCGCCCAGUCCAGCUGCUGUGUCCCUUCUUGCUGCCAGUCCAGCUGCUGCGUCCCCGUCUGCUGCCAGUCCAGCGGCUGCCAGUCCAGCUGCGCCCAGUGUAGCUGCGGUGCCCCCGUCUGCUGCCAGUGCAAGAUCUGA